AUGCCUGAAGAAACAGCAUCGUACUACGAAGGCCGUCUCAAGUCUCUCGAUGACGAAAUGACCGAACUCUUCCACGAGAACGAAACGUUGAGCGAAGAUCUGGACAACAUAGACCGCCGAAUCGAUGAAGAACCUACUCCCGCUCUCUAUCUUGAGAAACGUCGCUUGGAGGAGGCAAUCGAGGCUAUCGACGGCAACUUGGAUUCUCUCUACGAGAAGAUCGAAUACACGCGCAAGAAAUUCGAAGCAUUCAUGGAACGUCAGGCUGAAGAGGAAGUUGUAAGUGUUUCUCAAUCCAACCAUCUGAACUUUAUUGUUUCUGUAGGUCGAAGAAGAGCCUGAUGUCGUCGCUGAGCCUUCGUCGGCCACUGAGGCCUCUUCAUCCAGCGAUUCCUUCUCGGACAGCGAGAACGACGGUUUUUAA